CGUUAGUCAGGGAGCGGUGCGGGUCCUGGUUCCAGUUGAGGUGGGGAGAGGGGCUCGGCGGGCUGUGAGGGGCCGGGAGGAUUGUCCAGGCUAAGCCCAGCACGGGGAAGUGUGGCUUGCGGUGGAAGGGGUUUGCUUCUGGGGAGGAAAUCAAACGUAACCUUUCCCUUGGGGAAGGGGGCUAGUCCCCGACUCCCUGGUUCUUCCGCUCUCUGCAGUAAGUUUGGGGUGUGGCAGGGGCUAGUGACGGGCGUUUACCCUGCAUCAGGGCGUGAAGGAGGUUUGUGGUCACGAUGGGGUUAUAGUCUUUAACGCUGCCACUGGGGGAAUAAAACAAAUGUUUGUAAUCCGGAUUAUCCGCUGUGGCUUGGGGCCUCCUCUACUGCCCAUCUGAGUUAAAGGCCUGUUCUCUCAAACUUCUUCCCCUCUCAUCUUCCUCUGCUGUCUCUUUGCCAGCCAAGCACAUCCGGGGACGGGGUCAGGGCCACCAGGUUCCUGGUAAGGCUAAAAGACUGAGUGUGUAGGACUGUUAAAGCGAGUUUGUGUGAAAGAAGGAAGGAUUUUGUAGAUUGCUUCAGAGCGAGUGUGGGGUGAGGCCCUGAGUCCCAGAGCCUCAGCAUGUCAGGGAAACGGAAGCGAGUGGUGUUAACUAUUAAAGAUAAGCUUGAUAUAAUAAAAAAACUUGAAGACGGAGGUUCUUCCAAACAACUGGCAGUGAUUUAUGGAAUUGGUGAGACAACAGUUCGGGAUAUAAGAAAAAAUAAGGAAAAAAUUAUAACUUAUGCAAGCAGUUCUGAUUCCACAAGUCUUCUGGCCAAGAGGAAAUCUAUGAAACCAUCCAUGUAUGAGGAACUGGACAAAGCAAUGCUAGAAUGGUUCAACCAGCAAAGGGCAAAAGGGAAUCCCAUAUCUGGACCUAUUUGUGCAAAAAGGGCAGAGUUCUUCUUUUAUGCUUUGGGAAUGGAUGGUGAUUUUAACCCCUCUGCUGGUUGGUUAACUCGUUUUAAGCAGCGGCACAGCAUUAGAGAGAUUAAUAUUAGAAAUGAAAGAUUAAAUGGAGAUGAGACUGCUGUGGAAGAUUUUUGUAACAACUUUCGAGACUUUAUUGAACGAGAGAAUUUACAGCCUGAACAGAUCUACAAUGCAGAUGAAACUGGACUCUUUUGGAAAUGCCUGCCUUCCAGGGCUUCUGUGAUCAAAGGUAAAUGCACUGUCUCUGGGCACAAGUCAAUUGAAGAAAGAGUCACUAUCAUGUGUUGUGCCAAUGCAACAGGUUUACACAAACUGAAACUUUGUGUUGUGGGGAAAGCAAAGAAGCCUCGCUCCUUCAAGUCAACUGACACCUCAAACCUGCCAGUCUCUUAUUUCAGCCAAAAAGGUGCAUGGAUGGAUCUUUCCAUUUUCCGACAGUGGUUUGAUAAGAUCUUUGUGCCACAGGUUCGAGAAUACUUAAGAUCUAAAGGCCUGCAGGAAAAGGCUGUGCUCUUGUUGGAUAAUUCACCAACACAUCCAAAUGAAAACGUCCUUAGGUCAGAUGAUGGCCAAAUAUUUGCUAAAUAUUUACCACCUAAUGUGGCUUCAUUGAUCCAGCCCUCGGAUCAGGGAGUCAUAGCGACAAUGAAGAGAAAUUAUCGUGCAGGUCUUCUUCAGAACAACUUGGAAGAGGGUAAUGACUUGAAAUCGUUCUGGAAGAAGCUAACUCUGCUAGAUGCACUUUAUGAAAUAGCAAUGGCAUGGAAUUUAGUAAAGCCAGUUACCAUUAGCAGAGCAUGGAAGAAGAUUCUUCCUACCAUAGAGGAGAAAGAAGGCUUGGACUUUGAUGAAGAAGAUGUUUCUGUGGCUACUGUGGCCACCAUUUUACAGCAUACCAAAGGACUGGAAAAUGUGACUACUGAGAACAUCGAAAAAUGGCUUGAAGUGGACAGUACUGAGCCAGGCUAUGAAGUGUUAACUGACAGUGAAAUCAUCAGAAGAGCGCAAGGCCAGACAGACGAAUCUAGUGAAAACGAGGAGGAGGAAAUAGAACUGAUUCCAGAGAAACAUAUUAAUCAUGCAGCUGCUCUCCAAUGGACUGAAAAUUUAUUGGAUUAUCUAGAACAACAAGGUGAUAUGAUUCUGCCUGAUAAACUGGUGAUCCGUAAACUUCGAGCCACCAUCAGAAAUAAACAGAAGAUGACAACCUCAAGUCAAUAAUGGCAUUUCAUUGUUAAAUUGUUUCAAUAAUUGUGUUUGUAACUCUUAACCUCUGCAGUGUGGCUUAAUUUUCUUUGUGUUCUCAAUUCUCAGUCACAGCCCUAUGAAAUGUAGAUAGAAAAAUGUGUCUGAAGUAGUUCAAGGAUUAUGUGUUUUGCAUCAUCUCUGUCUUCUUUUUCAUUUGUGCAGAUAAUUGGAAGCUGAUUCUGUAUAAAUUACUUAUACACAUGCAUUCAUUUUUGUAGAUCUGCGAUUAUCCCUUCUAUUACAGUGGCAUUCCCUAAACUUUCUAAAAAAAAAAAAAAAAAAAAAAAGAAAGAAAAUUACAGAUAACAGUGAACAGAUUGAGCACUUUCCUGAAAUCUGUUGUUUGGUUUUAUGAGAGCUGCCACGGUAAUCUUUUCUUGUAUUAACAUCAUAAAUGGUUAUGUUUUGUGUAUCUGUAUACACUGACAGAAUGAGAAAUAUCUGUCUUUUAGAUUUCAGGGUGAUCUGCAAUAAUUAAAAGUGAAGCCCAAUAAUGAGGAAACUGAUCUAUGAAUUAUAAAAAUAACUUAGAAACCAUACUUCUGUUCUCUUAUGUUUGUUUAGGUGGUAAGAGGGGGAGAUUUUUCUGGAAAUAAAUAUAUAGGAAGUGAUUAUUAAAUUAGUAAGAAAACUGAAAGCUGAUACAUAAAAGAUUCUGAUCUAUCCAUUCAUAGAAAACUGUGAGUUGAAAAUUUGGGGAACUUUAGGUUAUUUAUACAAGGGGAAUAAAUAGGCUUGUUUUAAUUGGGUCUUAUGAAUUGGGUAAUUAUUUAUUCAUAAUUAUAGUAUAGGUUUUGUAAUGUUACAUGUGAUAAUAUGAACUCCUACCUUAUAUGUGGGGAAGAAUCUUGGGAAUUUAAAGUUACUUUUUUUUUAACUGUGUACUUGGAAAUGUCUAUAGUUUGAAAAAGUUUAUCGUACCUUCUCCUUUUAUUUGACAUGAAAAGAAAAAGAAAUGAAAAGAAUAAAGUUAUUAUUAUUUUUAACAAGCCAUAGGUUGUGACCUGUUUUAUGAAGAAAGCAGAAAUAAUUAUGGAAAGUGACAGUUUCUAAGGAAUUUCAUCAUUUACUCUUUUGACACUUGUAAAAAGGUAUUCUUCUAGAAUCUGCUUAAGUCAGAAUUUUGAUAAAUUUGCUUAGUAAAUUUAAUAUGUUUAUUUAAGACAUUGAAAAGGUUUUACCUAUGUGAAUAUUGGUUUAAUUUAUGAUUUCCAUAUUAUUUCAUGUUUUGGCCCUUAAAAAAUGCUGUCAGUCAUUUUUUUAAAGGUUUUACUUUUUCAUUGAAAUAUUUUGCAUUUUAUAUUUAUAGUGCCUUUCUUAGAAUUCUAAGACUUUAAAGAGACUUUAAGCUUUCCCUAAUUUCUGUUAUCUUCAUGAUGUAUGUCCAGAUUUUUUUUUAAAGACUUCUGUGAUGAGAACUGUUUAAAAGUUAUUGCAUGAAUUGCCUCAGUGCACAGAGGAAAAAGCCUCAAAUUAACAUAUCUAUUGAAUCAGAUAAUUAUACAUCCUACUAUAAAUUUAAUUGUAUAUAAAAGAAUUUUUCAUUUUUCUAAUAUGAAAAUGUAUAAAAGCUUCUUGGAAUUUC